AUGAUUUCUGCUAUUCGUCCCGCCGUUCGAUCUUCCGUUCGUGUUGCCCCUAUGGCCAACACCGCCUUCCGGGCCUACUCUACCCAGGAUGGUCUUAAGGAGCGAUUCGCCGAGCUCAUCCCCGAGAACGUCGAGAAGAUCAAGAAGCUCCGAAAGGAGAAGGGUAACACCGUCAUCGGCGAGGUCAUCCUCGACCAGGCUUACGGUGGUAUGCGAGGUAUUAAGGGUCUCGUCUGGGAGGGAUCCGUCCUCGACCCCGAGGAGGGUAUCCGAUUCCGAGGUCUGACUAUCCCCGACCUCCAGAAGCAGCUCCCCCACGCCCCUGGCGGAAAGGAGCCUCUCCCCGAGGGUCUUUUCUGGCUCCUGCUCACCGGCGAGAUCCCCACUGAUGCUCAGGUCAAGGGUCUGUCCGCUGACUGGGCCUCUCGAGCCGAGAUCCCCAAGCAUGUUGAGGAGCUCAUCGACCGAUGCCCCCCCACCCUCCACCCCAUGGCUCAGCUCGGUAUUGCCGUCAACGCUCUGGAGUCCGAGUCUCAGUUCACCAAGGCUUACGAGAAGGGUGUUAACAAGAAGGAGUACUGGCAGUACACCUACGAGGAUUCCAUGAACCUCAUUGCCAAGCUCCCCGUCAUUGCUUCUCGAAUCUACCGAAACCUUUUCAAGGACGGAAAGAUUGUUGGCUCCAUUGACAACUCUCUUGACUACUCUGCUAACUUCGCCUCUCUGCUCGGCUUUGGCGACAACAAGGAGUUCAUUGAGCUUCUGCGACUCUACCUCACCAUCCACGCUGACCACGAGGGAGGUAACGUCUCUGCCCACACCACCAAGCUUGUUGGUUCUGCUCUCUCCUCUCCCUUCCUCUCUCUGUCCGCUGGUCUCAACGGUCUUGCCGGUCCUCUCCACGGCCGAGCUAACCAGGAGGUCCUUGAGUGGAUUCUCGAGAUGAAGUCCAAGAUUGGCUCUGAUGUCACCAAGGAGGACAUUGAGAAGUACCUCUGGGAUACCCUUAAGGCCGGUCGAGUCGUCCCCGGUUACGGACACGCCGUUCUCCGAAAGACCGAUCCUCGAUACACCGCCCAGCGAGAGUUCGCCCUCGAGCACAUGCCCGACUACGACCUCUUCCACCUCGUUUCCACCAUCUACGAGGUUGCCCCCAAGGUUCUCACCGAGCACGGCAAGACCAAGAACCCCUGGCCCAAUGUGGACUCCCACUCCGGUGUCCUCCUCCAGUACUACGGUCUCACUGAGCAGUCUUACUACACUGUUCUCUUCGGUGUUUCCCGAGCUAUCGGUGUCCUGCCCCAGCUCAUCAUGGACCGAGCUUACGGUGCUCCCAUCGAGCGACCCAAGUCCUUCUCUACCGAGAAGUACGCUGAGCUCGUUGGCCUCAAGCUCUAA